CCCAGCACGGCCAGACGUUCUUGAAAGCUGCUACCUUACGGAUAUUCUACCGAUACUAGCUCUGGCUUUCAGCAAUAAAGUACAAACAAAGUGUUUGUCUCGGUUUCGGAAAUUGUGAAAUAUUUGCCUCCAGACCGGAAGAACCAAUUGUGUCCCGUGAUUCGGUGCGUGUGUUCCCCUUUUAUUAACAAUACGCGCGCGAUCUGUAGCGUUUAGCGUAAAGUGGUGCGUAAAGUGAUUGCCCUUGGUUAUCAGAGCGUCGAUUCGGUUGUUCUGUUGCCAAACUUCCGAGCAGUUUGGGUAUCCUUUCCAAUCGCUUAAACGUCUCAAAAGCGUGGGUGCGUCAAAGCAUUUGCGGAAACGGCGAAUAAAAAAGAUUAAAGUGAACCAUAACACAAUCAGUUAGUGCUCCGUUAACUCCCCGCUAAAGCUAAAGUGUCGUACGUGAUCGUGUUUACGUGAUUUUUGGUUGAUUCGUUAGAACCCAUUUCGUGAACAAAAUGUGGAAGUCAAUUGCCGGUGCGUUCCUGCUGAUGGCGUCCGUUGCGAUGGCCCAAGAUGCUCCUCCCCCGUAUAUAAAACAGUGCCGUCGUUCAGAUCCGGAAUUGAUGCAGUGUUUGAAGGACGCCCUGCAGCAUCUGAGGCCGUACCUGGCGAAGGGAAUCCCUGAAAUUAAGCUACCGAGCGUGGAACCUUUCGUCAUGGAUCAACUAUCGCUUCAGCUGACUGGUGGACCGCAAGGCUACAGGAUCAACCUCAAGAACAUGGAAGUGUUCGGCGCCAGCAACUUCUCGGUCAAGAGCAUUAAAUUGGUCGAAGGCGACAAACCAUUCGAAGCCAGGUUAACAAUCCCGAAGUUGAUUAUCCAUGCCAAGUACACCUCCAGCGGAGUUUUGAUCAUCAUUCCGGCCAGCGGUUCCGGUGAUUUUGAUGCCGUUUUCGACGGAGUCUCUGCUGACGUUAAGGGACGUGUUUCCUUCACCGAGAAACCAGGUGGCACCUAUAUGCGAGUGGAAUCUCUGGAUCUGAAUCUGGCCAUCAAGAAGCCCCGAUUGAGCGUUUCCAAAAUCUUCAACAACAACCGAAUCUUGACGGAAGCCACCAACCUGUUCCUGAAGGAAAACGGAAAUGAAGUUUUGCGGGCCCUGCAACCCCAGCUGCAGAAGAAACUGUCAGCCGAAUUCUCCGGAAUCUCGAACCAGCUCAUGGAGAACGUUCCUAUCCACUACUUCCUCAUUGAUUAGGAUUACCGUUUAGAUCUUAGAAAUAUUAGCUCGUGAUAGAGUUUCCUACUGUCAGGAAAAAACGAACAAACCGAACAAGAAAUUUGGCAAUUGGAGUAGUUUUUAGCUUUGUGAUACGAAUUUGGAUAGCGGGUGUGUCUUUUGAUUGAAUUUUCUCUAAUCAUACUCAUCUUCUAUUGACACCCAGGUUUUUUUUUUGCAGGAGUAAAAAAGUAUUACCUACCUUUGUUAUUAUUUCCAUUGAAAAUUGCCACAAAAAAUCGAAUCAAAAUAUCUGUACACCUUCUUUGACUUAUGCAUUAAUUGUUGAAUGGUAGGUUGGAGCUUAGUUUUAGGGGAAUUGAAAAGUUUCAGAACACAAAACCGGAAAACAGUUGUAAUGAUGAUAAUAUUACGGAAACUGUGAUUCGAUCAUAACUUGAGUUGUACCUGUGUAAAAAAAAUGCCUAGGUUUUAAGAAUGGAUAAUUUAUAAAAAAAAAAUAAG